UAAAUAACGGUAUAAUUUAACAGAUGAAAUGCAUCCGUUUGUUUCUGUAGUAAUAUAAUAAUAUUGUAUGACGUGUGGUGUGUUGUGAGACAUUACAAGUGCUUUUUGAGAUAAACGAAUAUAUUUUCGUAAAAAUUGUGUCACAAUUUAUAUCGGUGGAAUAAUGAUUUGAAAAUCUGAAAAUGUGUAAAUCAUAAUAUUUCAAACUCAAACGACAUUUUCGAUAACCGAAACUGACGAUGAAUGAUCCAUGAGCACGAAUAAAAAUAUUUUUAAACCGCGGGUCGACUGGCGGGUGGAUCUACAACGAUAUCACCACAGAAUAGAUUAUAUUUAUAGAUUAUAAUAUGUGAUUGUUCAUAUAAUCUCUUGUCUAUUAUGUGAUAUCAUAAUCAUGGCCGGGCAAUCCGAUUUUUCAGUUUUUCACCGAUUCCUGUGCCUGCCGGCCAACUCAACUUUCUGCAACUUCUUAUUCGUAGACGGGAUACGGAUGUCUGUUUAGCAAACUAAAUCAUAGGUAUUAUAAAAUUGUAGAACACCAGGAUUGGGAUACUGUUGUCGAGUAAAUUAAUCAGCCCACGGCUUAUAAGAUAUACCUAAUUGUAACUCUGAACUUGAUGAACAGUAAUUGACAAUUAUUAAUAUGAGCAAGUUCAAAAUAACGUCGGAUUUCGUGGUUAACGCUUUGUGCACUGUGACUAUUGGUGCCGGUACUAUCGAAUAUUGUUCCAACAUAAUCUUUAAUGGUUAUCAUGUCAAAUAUUUAAAAGAAGCAAACAAAAAUAAUCAACCAGUUGCACUAAGUGAAUCUCUUCAAAAACGACACGAUGAUGUGAUUCAUGAUUUAAAGUUAACAGAUUUUAAAAAAGCUUUUGUAAAACCAUUUACAGCCAAAGGCAUUUAUCCAGUAAAUGUCGGUUGUUUGAAUACCCGCAUGGGUAGUUACAUAGGAAUUCCAAACAUUUAUGAUCUUAACUCUGUAGACGAUAUUUCAAUUUUAAAUAUUGCAGAUUUAAAUCUACAAGAACAAUAUACAAAAUGUAUAAACGACAAGUCUGAGUUUGGUCAACAAUUUCUAAAGUCAUUAAUCCUUAGUGAAGCUGCCAAAAAAUAUAGUAUUGCUCGAGAAUUGAUGCUUACAGACAAUCAUCGAAUAUUUAUUAAAUCAGUUUUAUCUUCUGUAGUAUUAAUGCCAAUGUAUGCUUUGGGAACUUACAUAUAUAACGGAUUGCCACCAAAUCCAGCUAGAGUUAGGAUGUUAGCACUUAUUUUAUUAAGUAAUAUAGGAGUAUUAGUAUGGUUUUUUACACGCACUGCUACUGAGAAUUUUUAUCAAAAAAAAGCUGAUGAAAAAGUAUGUGAUAUCGGUGAAGAAUACAUUAAGGGCGGAAUAGAGUAUUAUGAAACAUUAAUUCAAAGAAAUUUAGCUUUAAGAAACAUUUUACCUGAUGGUGAAAACAUGUAUUCUAAACAAGGGGAUCAAAUUGAAUUUAUUUCAGAAUUAUCUGAAUUACCCAUUACAUACAGAAAAAGCUAUCUUGAAAAUAGAUUAAAAAAUUUCAUUAAUGAAAACAAAAAAACUUUAACAUAAUUUGAUUAAAUAUGUCAAUACUGUUUUUGGUUAAUUAGUUAAAACUAUUUAAUUUUUGCUUAGAAGAAUAUAGUCUUUAGACAUUUUAUUAUGUUCUUUGUUUUGAAACCAUGUUUACAAUAUUUUCUAGAAGAUAUUAAAUUUUACUAUUGAUAAUUUUAACUAUAAAUGAAAAGACUAAAUUUUAUUAAUAUGCAAUAUAUUGCUUUUUAAAUUAUACUUUGGUAUUAAUUAGUGACAUGAGAGGAAAUAUUUAACCAGGUACUAUUAAAAUAAUUUGACUGCUUCUUGUAUAGUUAUUAGUUGUAUUAGGAUAUAUUUUAUUUAAAAUGUUAAAACAUGUUGUAACAUGUAAUAGUUAUUUAUCAUAAUUUAAUAUUUGAGCAAAAUAUUACAUUAACACGAAAGAAAUAAGUUAAGACAAUGCCACGCUAAAAUUUUUCGUCUCUGUUUUACAUGUGUAUAACAUAUGAAAUGUAUAGUAGGAAGCAGUUCAUAUUUAAUUUUUAAUAUUAAAGUUCAUCGUAAUUUCAACAUUUUUUUUGAUAUUUUAAUAUUAGGGUGAAUCAUGAGUAUUUUUAAAUUGUUGUAUUUGACGUACUUAUAACUCUCUUCAAUUAAAAUGUAAUUAGUAAAAUCAAAUGUGAAAUAAUUUAAUGCAAAUUUGCCGUAUUAUGCAUGUAAAACAGACACAACAGAUGAUAGCCAAAUCCUCUUCAGUGGUAUGUGGUAUUCAAAUAUUUUAAUGUGAAUAAUAAAUCAUAGUAUCAUACUAAUAAAAACAUUUGACUUUAUGGAAACUUUAAAAUAUUAACUAUAUUUAUGUAUGAAUGCUAAUUACUCAAUUUUCUUAACUACCUAAAUAAGAUUGAUUUGGAGAUACACAAAAAUAUAUAGCUUUAGUUAUUUCACAACUUUUUUUAAUGUAUUACUUGUGCUACAAAUCCGUAAUCUCAUGUGUGAUCUAUCAUAGGUAAAUGAGAUAAAAAUGUGAUUUACCAUACAUAGGUAAUCAAAUCACCAGUUAAGUUAAGUUUUCAUAAAUAUAAUACCAAAGUUAAAAAAAUUAAAUUUCAUCUAUUCUGUUAAGGUACUAAUAAAUGUUUAGUCCUACUAAAGUAGAGGACUUUCGUAGUUUAGUUUUAUGGUUUAACCGCCGCUGUUAUUGUUGAAAUUUGAUGAAAUUGUAUUUUUGUGAAUUAUUAUGGUUUUUAAAAUAAUAAAUAAUGAUAAAUUCUUAUAAUUUUUUUUAAUGUUUGAAAAAUGAUUCCAUAUAUUUUCUGUUUCGUCCAGGAACCACUGAUACUGGAUAUUAUAAAAUAUAAUAUUACCUAUAGGCAGUGUUGGGAAGGAACGCGUUCCUUUUAUAGGAACGAAGCUCGGAACGCGUUCCAUUUAAAAUAUAGGAACGAGGAACGGGAACGAGUUCCUAUUUUGAAGGAACUUGAACGAAAAUUUCCGUUCCUCAAAUAAUGAAAAAAUUUUAACACGUUGAGUGCCACAGUAUAUUUUAUGAAGCGCAUAUAGUGUGUUUCCGCGCCAAAACUGAGCCGCGACGCCGUCGGUCGACUACGUGUCGUGUUCCGGGUCGUUUCCGGUUCCGCGCGCCAAAUUAGUUCUUCUCAAACAAAACAAAAUGUCA